AUGACCAACCUACUAGUUGUCCCCUGCCUAUUGUCUCUGCUGCUGGAACCCUUUACCCUGGGUGCCCCAUUAUCCCUGGCUGACCCCAUCAACCAAGCCUAUAACUUGGCCCUCUACAUGCAGAAGAACACUUCGGUGCUGCUGCAGACUUAUCUCCAGUACCAAGGCAGUCCCUUCAGUGACCCGGGCUUCUCAGCCCCUGAGCUCCAGUUGAGCAGCCUCCCCCCUGCAGCUGUCCCCUUUAUGUUGUGGAGAGGUCUGGGAGAUGGUGAAAGGCUAAUUCAGACUCGAGGCGCUUUCUCAGCUCUGGCCCAGCAUCUUCAGCUUGUGAAUGAUGACCAAGCUGACCUCAACCCUGGCAGUUCUGUCUUGCUAUCUCAACUGGCAGCUGCAAGGCUCCGGGCCCAGGGCCUGAUGGGCAAUAUGGCUUCUGUUAUGACUGUCCUGGGGGUAUCCAUUCCUCCUGAAGUGGAUGCUCUUGGACCUGCACCCUUUGGAGCCUCUGCAUUUGAGAGGAAAUGUCGAGGCUAUGUGGUAACCCGGGAAUAUGGACACUGGACGGACAGGGCUGUGCGGGACAUGGCUCUUCUUAAGGCCAAAUAUGUGGCAUAAGGAACAGGCUGGACUUCCUGUAUGAAAUGGCAACUAUUUCCUGCACACUUUUGAAAGGAAGAGUUGCAGUGUGCUGUUCCUAAGGGGCAAGUCAGCUGCCAUGAGGCCAUGCCUCUUAAUUUGUCCUCUGGAGCCACUGGCCUGAUUCUCCCCAGUGUUCCUACUCAGUAGGGAUUCCAGUGGUAUUGGCUGUGCCAGGGCAGUGUAGGCAGGACCUCCAUUGUAGAAGAGUAUGAGCAGGUAUUUGGGGGUCAAUGCUGAAUGGAUGAGACUUAAGUUACUUUAAGCUUUCUCAUUUAUUUGGGCAUGUGCAGUACAGGAUAUGAUGUCCUGUGUGAAUGGAUUUUACUUCCUACCUCUAGAGGGAUUAAUUUCCUCAUUAAGUCUACCUCACCACCCAUGACUUUGGGCUCCUGCUGUUUCUUAACAGAUGCCAUUGCAUUUUCUAUAUUAGCUAUUUUCUAGUGUUUAGUAUCAAACAUUUACUUUUUCUUCAAAUCAUAUUGAUUUUUCCACCCAAUAGUCUUUCAUCUUCUGACUCUCAGAGUAGGAUGUCAUUGUCUAGGGAUCUGAGUUCUUUUAUUUAAUGCUAUAUUUAUGCUGUAUUCCUGCAAUUU